CCCAGUACUGGCAAAUAUUAACUUUGUUAAAGACUUUGUUUGGUGUAUUUCUUUAUCUCCCAGUGUGAGUCAACUAACAGUUUAGAGAUGAUGAGAUCAAGUCUAGCUAUUUUAUCCGUAUGGAUAUGCUUAAGUGUUGAUGCUACGUUACCUAAAGUCUGUCCUGAGCCCCCAAAAGUAGACUUUGCUCAAGUUCUUCCUGCCUUCAUUAAAACCAUCUACAGCAGUGGGGAUAGAGUACACUACACCUGCAAAACUGGCUAUGUCUCUCUGUGGGAACACAUCUUUGAAUGUAGUGACAACAAAUGGACUAAGACUCGUGAUGCGGCAUGUACACCGGUGAAAUGCCCCCCAAUUCACACAGAAUGGGAUGUGAGUGCAUCGGGCAAAACAGAAGACAGAGGUUAUGGUGACGUAAUUCAGUUUGACUGCAAGUCUUCUGAUAAAACCAUAGAUGGAAGUAGCAGCAUUAACUGCAAGGAGACUGGCGAGUGGAGUGCAUCUGUUCCAAAGUGUAAAGAUAUAUCAUGUAAACCGCCUGACAUAAGACAUGGGAGGGUUAAGCAGAUGAGAGAGCACAAGAAAGAUGAGACAUUACAAUAUGAGUGUGAUCCAGGAUAUAAACCCGGGCAAGGAACUCCUAAGUGCACUAAACAGGGCUGGAGUCUGGAGCCAAAAUGUGAAGCUGAAAGUCAAGUGUGGAAAUGCCCCCCAAUUCACAUAGAAGGGGAUGUGAGUGCAUCGGGCAAAACAGAAGGUGGAGGUUAUGGUGAUGUUAUUCAGUUUGACUGCAAGUCUUCUGAAAAAAGUAUAGAUGGAAGUAGCAGCAUUUACUGCAAGGGGACUGGCGAGUGGAGUGCAUCUGUUCCAAAGUGUAAAGAUAUAUCAUGCACACCGCCUGACAUACAACAUGGGACUGUUAAGCAAAAGAAAGAGCACAAGAAAGAUGAGACAUUACAAUAUGAAUGUGAUCCAGGAUAUAAACCCAGGCAAGGAAAUCCUAAGUGCACUAAACAGGGCUGGAGUCUGGAGCCAAAAUGUGAAGCUGAAAGUCAAGUGUUGAAGUGCCCCCCUAUUCACAUAGAAGGGGAUGUGAGUGCAUCGGGCAAAACAGAAGGCGGAGGUUAUGGUGACGUUAUUCAGUUUGACUGCAAGUCUCCUGAAAAAAGUAUAGACGGAAGUAGCAGCAUUUACUGCAAGGAGACUGGCGAGUGGAGUGCAUCUGUUCCAAAGUGUAAAGAUAUAUCAUGCACACCACCUGACAUAAGACAUGGGACUGUUAAGCAGAAGAAAGAGCACAAGAAAGAUGAGACAUUACAAUAUGAGUGUGAUCCAGGAUAUAAACCCAGGCAAGGAAAUCCUAAGUGCACUAAACAGGGCUGGAGUCUGGAGCCAAAAUGUGAAGCUGAAAGUCAAGUGUUGAAAUGCCCCCCAAUUCACAUAGAAGGGGAUGUGAGUGCAUCGGGCAAAACAGAAGGCGGAGGUUAUGGUGACGUUAUUCAGUUUGACUGCAAGUCUCCUGAAAAAAGCAUAGAUGGAAGUAGCAGCAUUUACUGCAAGGAGACUGGCGAGUGGAGUGCAUCUGUUCCAAAGUGUAAAGAUAUAUCAUGCACACCGCCUGACAUACAACAUGGGACUGUUAAGCAAAAGAAAGAGCACAAGAAAGAUGAGACAUUACAAUAUGACUGUGAUAAAGGAUUUAAACCCAGGCAAGGAAAUCCUAAGUGCACUAAACAGGGCUGGAGUCUGGAGCCAAAAUGUGAAGCUGAAAGUCAAGUGUGGAAAUGCCCCCCAAUUCACAUAGAAGGGGAUGUGAGUGCAUCGGGCAAAACAGAAGGCGGAGGUUAUGGUGAUGUUAUUCAGUUUGACUGCAAGUCUCCUGAAAAAAGCAUAGAUGGAAGUAGCAGCAUUUACUGCAAGGAGACUGGCGAGUGGAGUGCAUCUGUUCCAAAGUGUAAAGAUAUAUCAUGCACACCGCCUGACAUACAACAUGGGAAUGUUAAGCAAAAGAAAGAACACAGGAAAGAUGACACAUUACAAUAUGACUGUGAUAAAGGAUAUAAACCCAGGCAAGGAACUAUUAAGUGCAUUAAACAGGGCUGGAGUCUGGAGCCAAAAUGUGAAGCUGAAAGUCAAGUGUUUAAAUGCCCCCCAAUUCACAUAGAAGGGGAUGUAAGUGCAUUGGGCAAAACAGAAGGCGGAGGUUAUGGUGAUGUUAUUCAGUUUGACUGCAAGUCUCCUGAAAAAAGUAUAGACGGAAGUAGCAGCAUUUACUGCAAGGAGACUGGCGAGUGGAGUGCAUCUGUUCCAAAGUGUAAAGAUAUAUCAUGUACACCACCUGACAUAAGACAUGGGACUGUUAAGCAGAAGAAAGACCACAGGAAAGAUGACACAUUACAAUAUGAGUGUGAUCCAGGAUAUAAACCCAGGCAAGGAACUUCUAAGUGCACUAAACAGGGCUGGAGUCUGGAGCCAAAAUGUGAAUCUGAAAGUCAAGUGUGGAAAUGCCCCCCAAUUCACACAGAAGGGGAUGUGAGUGCAUCGGGCAAAACAGAAGGCGGAGGUUAUGGUGACGUUAUUCAGUUUGACUGCAAGUCUCCUGAAAAAAGUAUAGAUGGAAGUAGCAGCAUUUACUGCAAGGGGACUGGCGAGUGGAGUGCAUCUGUUCCAAAGUGUAAAGAUAUAUCAUGUACACCACCUGACAUAAGACAUGGGACUGUUAAGCAGAAGAAAGACCACAGGAAAGAUGACACAUUACAAUAUGAGUGUGAUCCAGGAUAUAAACCCAGGCAAGGAAAUUCUAAGUGCACUAAACAGGGCUGGAGUCUGGAGCCAAAAUGUGAAUCUGAAAGUCAAGGAAGUGGAAACAAAGGCAUUGUCUACACCUUCGAAGCGGAGGGCAUUAUAAUCUUCCAGUGUUCUGUCAAAAGAGUGCCAUCUAGAGGUUUGAUGUAUUUGUACACAGAAAUCAGUACUAAAUCAGUCUCCAAUUACUUGCUAGUGUGGAAAUGCCCCCCAAUUCACACAGAAGGGGAUGUGAGUGCAUCGGGCAAAACAGAAGGCGGAGGUUAUGGUGACAUUAUUCAGUUUGACUGCAAGUCUCCUGAAAAAAGUAUAGACGGAAGUAGCAGCAUUUACUGCAAGGAGACUGGCGAGUGGAGUGCAUCUGUUCCAAAGUGUAAAGAGAUAUCAUGCAAACCACCCAACAUAAGACAUGGGACUGUUAAGCAGAUUAAAGACCACAAGAAAGAUGAGACAUUACAAUAUGAGUGUGAUCCAGGAUAUAAACCCAGGCAAGGAAAUCCUAAGUGCGGUAAACAGGGCUGGAGUCUGGAGCCAAAAUGUGAAGUUGAAAGUCAAGGAACAGAAACGGAAACAACUUGUGAACUCUCCGAAACCAAAUUUGGAAUAGAAAGUAUCGUACCUGAGGGCAAAAAAAAAUUCAGAGUUGGAGAAACUGUGACCAUAACCUGCUCUGAAACAAACAAAACUGUGAAAUCAUUUAAAUGCCUAGAAAAUGGACGGUGGGAUAACAAUCCUGUUUGCAAGGAAAAGAAAGCAUCUUGCACUACACCAACCGUGGAAAACGGGUACAUACACACAGACCGCUCCAAAAAGCGAGAUUUUUAUUAUUCAUGCAAUCCAGGUUAUAAACCAUACACUGGGAACUGUUGGAAACCUGCAACGUGCGUCAAUGGGAUCUGGAUAAAUGUCCCACGAUGCAUCAGAGUGGAUGAAUGCGGUGAUUUACCCAGAAUUAAACAUGGACAGCUGAACAACAAACAAUCUGCUGUAGAGAUUAAAUGUGAAUCAGGGUACAAACCGUCAAACACAGUGAUCAGAUGUGUCAACGGUAGAUGGCAGACACCCACCUGUGAAUUGGACGAUAAUAGUUGUGUCAGUCCUCCUAAAGUUGAUAAUGCACUCAUUAUCUCUGAACCUCAGACAGUUUAUUCAUCUGGAUCCGUUGUCAAUUACAUAUGUCUAACAGAUUUUACAAUGAGUGGGAAUAAUAAAAUCGUAUGCCGCAAUGCAAAGUGGGAGAAAGCACCCAAAUGUGAAGCUUUCUGUUCAAAGCCUCAUCAGGAAGUAAACAAUGCUAAACUGAUUGAUAAAAUCCAAGGUGAGAGGAAAUAUUCACAUGGAGACACAGCACGCUAUGAGUGUUAUGAUGAUCAUGAAUGUCAUGGACCGACCAUUGCUAAGUGUGUUACACAAACCUGGAUUUACCCAGAAUGCACUAAAAAAGGUCAAUGUACCAAACCGACAAUGGACGUGCAGUUUGUGACCCUGUUAGAUGAGAAAAAGACAUUCAAUAACCUUGACGUUUUGAGAUACAAGUGUAAUAAACCGUAUGAUAAAAAACCAAGCGGAGUCUUGAUUUGCAAAAAUGGAAAAUGGGAUGGCACGUUUGACUGCACAAGCGGCAUUUGUCCUGCACCACCUAUGAUUGAACAUGGAGACUUUAAAGUUGAGCAGAAGACGGGUGAAGUUGUCACAUCGGUAUCGUACACUUGCCAGCCUUAUUUCGAACUGAACAAACAACAGAGAUAUUACAGGUGUCUGAAUGGGAAAUGGGAGACCCCUCCAUCAUGUCUGAAGCCCUGCAAAAUUACACCUGAAAUUUGCAAGGAGCACAAUAUAAAACCCGUCCUAGAUCACCACAUGAGGCACAGUGACAACGACUUCAAACUUCACUGUAAUGAUGGAUGGAACGUCGGAGGUUCUUUGGGACAUUCUCAUUCAAAAGCAUGGUGCAAAGAUGGGGAGUUAAAAAUUGAAAGUAAAUGUACAGAAAGAAACAGGAGUGAAAGACCACAUAAUGAUCCAGUCACAACUGAACCCAGCAGCGAUGUCGGGGAAGUCAGCGCGUUUAUCGCAUCUGGAGCUGCCGAAGCCAGCGCGUUCAGCGCGGUCGAUGUUCCCGAAGCCAGCGCGUUCAGCGCGGUCGAUGUUCCCGAAGCCAGCGUGUCCAGCGCGACUGGAGCCACCGAAGCCAGCGCGUUCAGCGCCACCGGAGCUGCCAAUGUCAGCGCGUUCAACGCCGCCGGAGCCACCGAUGUCAGCGCGUUCAGCGCCACCGGAGCUGCCGAUGCCAACGCGACCAGAGCCGCCGAAGCCAGCAUGUUCAGCUCGGAUGGAGCCGCCGAGGCCAGCGCGUCCAGCGAGGCCGGAGCUUCCCAAGCCAGCGUGUCCAGCGCAGUCGGAGCCGCCCAAGUCAGCACGUCCUGCGCAGCCGGAGCCGCCCAAGCCAGCGCAGCUGGAGCCGCCCUGCCUGCACAGUUCAGCGCGGCCGGAGCCACCCAAGCCAGCGCGUUCAGCGCGGCCGGAGCCGCCCAAGCCAGCCCGUCCUGCGCGACCGGAGCCGCAGAAGCUUGCGCGUGUGAGUUCACUAACAGUUUAGAGAAGAUGAGAUCAAGUCUAGCUAUUUUAUCCCUAUGGAUAUGCUUCAAUAUUGAUGUUACGACAGCCUGUCCUGAGCCCCCAAAAGUAGACAAUGCUCAAGUUUCUCCUGCCUUUGUUAAAACCAGCUACAAAGGCGGGGAUAGAGUAGAGUACAGCUGCGACAAUGGCUACGUCUCUCUGCGGAAAAUCGUCUUUGUGUGCACUGAAAACAAAUGGACUAAAAUACGUGAUGUAGAAUGUACACUCAAACGUUGUGAGCAGCCUACAGAUAUACCAAACGGCCAGUACAAAAUUCAGGGUGAUGGUAAGAGCUUUGUUGUGGGAACAACCAUCAAGUACACCUGCAACACUGGUUUCCAGAUGAUGAGUCGAAUUGAUACCAGAACGUGUCGGCACGGCGGAUGGGACAAUACGUUACCCGUGUGUGAAGAGGUAACCUGUGCACUAGACCUGCCCUCAGCCAGCCGUAUUAAAGUGGAAGGUCUCCUUGAUUACGGAGAUUUAAUGAGACAUGGACACAGACUGCAAUUUUCAUGUGAACAAGGGGACAUUUUAAGGGGACAUAAAGAAAUUAUCUGCCAGUCAAAUGGAAAUUGGAACCACCCAAUACCUAAAUGUGAAGAGAUGGCAUGUCUACUAAACAACACUGAAGACAUGAAAGUGGAGCGAAAUCUUAAUCAAAAGGGUCUGAUCAAGCCUGGACACCGGAUAAAACUGUCAUGCCUUGUACCUGGUCUGAUUAUAAAAGGCCCGAAAGUACUCACCUGUCAGGCAGAUGGAGAAUGGAGCAGCCCCUUUCCUAAAUGUGAAGAGCCAACAUGUGUUGCAAACCUCACAAACAUGAUCGUAGAGGGAGGCCCUGAUCAGGGGGUUGUUACAUACAAACCUCAAGACAACUUAAAAGUUUCAUGCGUUCAUGGACUGAUUUUACAAGGAGAAAAUGACAUCACCUGCCUGGAAGAUGGAGAAUGGAGCAGCCCAUUUCCUAAAUGCAUAGUAAGAAAUGAUUGUGACCCACCACCAAAUUUGAACCAUAAGAACGCAGAUACAUUAGACAUGCUGGAUCAAAGAAAAACUGAAUACAAGUCAGCGGAGACAGUUAAAUACACCUGUCUUGCUACAUACAAAAUGGAGGGUGAUCCCCACUUGACCUGUGUAGAAGGCAAAUGGAAAGGGAAUUUUACAUGUAUAGAACCGUGUUACGCGUCUCAGCCGGAAAUGGAUAAAAGGAACAUACAACUGAAAAAAAGUGGAAUAGAAAGAAUGUACUGUCCACAUGAGGAUCACCUCACCUUUGUGUGUAAGAGCGGAAAAUCUCAAAAAAGAAGCAGUGUUGAAUUUAGACAACAGUGUCGAUAUGGCAAGAUGACUUUGCCUGAGUGUGAAUGAGAAAAAGAAAAAAAAAUGCUAAAGCUGCACAGCCACCAAAUAAACAGUGCAAAUCAAAAUAAAGAAUACAAUUCAUUUUGA